UUCCUUCUUUGUCUUCCUCCUGUUGCUGAUACUAACGUCGCUCCCCAGGCUGCAGAGUGGAGCUUCUCCGUCGACCAGGCCGCUCUUCCCAAGUAGAGCGCGUUGGCUGGGUAUCUUGGCUCGCUUAUUGAGGCAAUGGCGGUGGCGACGACGUGCCGGUCCUCGACAUGCCCUCCUUGGCUUCAAGCGGCCCUCGCAGAUAUAGAGCAGAGGGUGCAAUCACUGGCGGUGAAUGUACCGGACGACCCGGAGUCGGACUCGUUCGCCGUGCGGGCUGAGAACUACUACCAGAAGCGGCCCCAACUCAUCGCCCUCCUCCACGACCUCCACCACCGCUACCUUUACCUCGCCGACCGUUACUCCCAGUCCAUCAUCCGCCGCCACCACCGUCGUGCCUCCUCCGUCCCAUCCGACCUCGAUGCCGAAGACGACCCCGACCGCCCGGACUCAGCGUCCUCCGACGCCGAGAGCUCUCUCUCCUUCCAGCCCUUCACCUCCCAAGCCCGUUCGCGAGAUACGUCCCCCGCCGUGGCGGGCGCCGAUCUCGACAUGAUCGUGGCGGAGCUGGUGGUGGCGGCGUUGGAGCGGGACCUGUUGGAGGCGGAGGGAGCGGAGGCGGAGCGGCUGCUGGCGGAGUCGGCGCGGAAGAUCGAUCUGCAGGGGAGCCUGGUGGAGGUACUGGAGGCGGAGCGGCUGGUGCUGCUAGGCGAGAACGCGCGACUGGAGUUCCGUGCGAGGGCGGCGGAGCAGGAGGCGCGGGCGGUGGCGGCGGAGCUGGGAUACAUUCGGCGGCGGGCCGCCGAGCUGGCGCGGGUUGUGGUGAAGCUGCGGGAGGACCACCGGGUGUGCCUGCUGGGGCGGAAGAUCGAGCACCUGCAGGCGCAGAUAUACAGCCUGGAGCGGCGUAACAGGGAGUGCGUGGAGACCAUGUCGCGGCGGGAGAAGGAGAAGGGGGAGGCGCGGGUGGAGGCGGACCGCCUCCGAGGGGAGAACCGCCGGUUGAUGGAAGAAGCGGAGGUGGCCCGGGCCAGGCGUGGGUGGGGUCGGAGCUGGUGGGGGCGGGUGCGUUGGUUCGAGUGGGCCCCGUCUCCGUGUUCGCCGCACGUGAAGGAAGCCAAGGGAGCGAAAGGGUGCUUCUACUUGUGAGUCCUUUUCGUUCUAAUUUUGUCUUCGGUGUAUGUUCCUCCAUCGUUGUUUAAGUUGGUCGAAAUGUGGGCAGCGGGGUUUGAUAGUAUGGAGUACUGAUGCCACUUCCAUUAUGCAUUGGGCUAAACAUAUGCGUGGUAUAGUGGCACCUUAGCUUGCUUU